AAAUAUUCAGCGCUCUUGAGCAACAACUGUUCAUUGGAUUUACCACACCAUAGUUUUUGACUCGCCCACCACUGAAUCCGGAAUCCCAGAUUCUCCGCUAGUCCAGCCCCUGUUUUCCGGGGACCUGCACCGAAUUCCAGCCCCUCCACACUACUCUCUUGUUUCGUGUGCAGGCUGUGGCAGAGGCUGCGUCCUGUGGUGGGUUGGAUUUUAACAAGUCUUCUCGCCUGUCUUCGGCCCCGGAUUCCCAGUUGCAUUAUUUUUUUGGAUUGUUUCUUUGUUUAAUUAACAUACCCUUAUUUUUCUAUAAUCGAUGCUGUUAUUUUCGAAUGUGGCUUGCCCGCGGCUAUGGAUUGACUUCAACCUUCCUUCAAACCCUUCUAGCUAAAACUAAGUUCCAGAAAACAAUCAGACUCCUCGUUCUCAGCGUUCUCCUACUUUUGCUGGCUAUUGAAUUAGCUAGCUAGCUACAUGUUUCACCUGGCCAGUUUCGAACCUCACUGGUCCCGGAUGGUUUUGAACGCUGUUGGAGUCAUUUAUCAUUGAACUGCUUCACUCACCAAAAGGGUGGAACGAAAGGGACGGAGGAGGAUUAAAAACACGGAUUUUUAAAAGGUUUUUGCACAAACAUUUAUUUUCUGAAAAGUGAUGGCGGAGCGGGGAGCACGAUUGCUCCUCUCUCUCUCCUGUCUCACCUUUCUUUACACGCCUGCAGUGGCUAGACAUGCCGACAAAGGCUCGGCCGUGAGGCAUUUCACCCCCUUCUGGUUUUCGGUGGAACCGGUGGACACCCUGGCGGUGCGGGGCGCCCCCGCCCUGCUGAACUGCUCGGCGCUGAGCGACAGCCCCGCGCGGGUGGAGUGGAAGAAGGACGGCACCUACCUGGACCUGGCCUCCGACGAGCGGCGCCAGCUGCUGCCCGACGGCUCGCUGCUCAUCGCCAGCGUGGUGCACUCCAAGCACAACAAGCCCGACGAGGGCGUGUACCAGUGCGUGGCCUCCAUCGAGAGCCUGGGCACCAUCAUCAGCCGCACCGCCCGCCUCACUGUGGCAGGCCUGCCGCGGUUCUCCAGCCAGCCGGAGGCGUCGUCGGUGCGCCAGGGCGACAGCGUGGUGAUGGCGUGCGAUGUGAACCCAGACCUGGCGCCCUUCGCCCGCUGGGAGCGCAACAAGGAGCCCCUGGGCCUGGGCCGGCGGCUGGUGCAGCUGCCCGGCGGCGGCCUGCUGGUGAGCAACGCCUCGGAGGCCGACGCCGGCCCCUACCGCUGCGUGCUGGAGAGCCUGGGCCCCGUCAAGACCAGCGAGGAGGCCGAGCUGCAGGUCCUGCAAGAAACGGAGGUGGAGAGGAAGCUGGAGUUCCUGCAGCAGCCGGGCCCGGUGACGAAGGCGGUCGGGGACGACGUGCUGCUGCCCUGCGUGGUCACGGGGUUCCCCGCCCCGGAGGUCAGGUGGAUGUUGGGAGAUAAGCCGAUCGAAGAGAGUGAGGGCCGGUUUGAGGUGGUGGGCGGAGGCAGUCUGCGGAUUCUCAAUCUGACCAAUGACGACGCCGGGAUCUACAGCUGCCUGGCAGACAGCGGGAACGAGACGGUGGAGGCCCAGGCCGAGCUGACGGUCCAAGUUCCCCCGCGCUUCCUGAAGCGCCCGGCCAACAUCCACGCCCACGAGUCCAGGGACAUCAUCUUCGAGUGCGAGGUGACCGGCUCCCCCCCUCCCACCGUCAAGUGGGUGAAGAACGGGGAUGCCGUCAUCCCCAGUGACUACUUCAAAAUCAUUAAGGAACACAACUUGCAAGUCCUGGGCCUGGUGACAUCGGACGAGGGCUUCUACCAGUGCCUGGCAGAGAACGACGCGGGCAACGUCCAGGCCGGCGCCCAGCUCAUCAUCCUGGACCUCGAUGUUGCCAUCCCAACACCCCCUCCCACCUCACUGACCAGUGCCACUACUGACCAUGUAGCGCCAGGCUCCGGUGGCAGCGGGGGACCCACGCCCUCCGCCCCGCGUGAUGUCGUGGCCUCGCUGGUCUCCACCCGCUUCAUCAAGCUCACCUGGCGCCUGCCCGCCGAGCCGCACGGGGACAACAUCACCUACUCGGUGUACUACGGCCUGGAGGGCACCGGCAGGGAGCGGAUAGAGAACACCAGCCGCCCGGGGGAGCUGCAGGUCACCAUUCAGAACCUGAUGCCUGACACCAAGUACGCGUUCCGCGUGGUGGCGCACAACCGGAACGGCCCUGGGGAGAGCUCCAGCCCCCUGAAGGUGGCCACCCAGCCCGAAGUUCAAGUACCAGGCCCCGCCCCAAACCUGCAGGCCGUGUGUACGUCCCCCUCGUCCAUCACCCUCAGCUGGGAGACUCCUGUAACCGGCAACGGGGAGAUCCAGGCCUACAAGCUGUACUACAUGGAGAAGGGCCUGGACAGCGAGCAGGACAUUGACGUGGCAGGCCUGUCCUACACCAUGACAGGACUGAAGAAGUUCACAGAGUACAGCUUCAGAGUGGUGGCCUACAACAAGCACGGGCCGGGCGUUUCCACCGAGGACGUGGUGGUGCACACCUUCUCUGAUGUUCCUAGCGCUCCUCCUCAGAACCUCACCCUGGAGGUGCAUAACUCAAAGAGCGUGAUGGUUCGGUGGCAGCCCCCGCCCCCGGGCACCCACAACGGGGAGAUCACCGGCUACAAGAUCCGCUACCGCAAAGGGGUGCGGAAGAGCGAGGGGAUGGAGACUACCAGCGGCACGCAACUCUUCAAGCUCAUCGACGGGCUGGAGCGUGGGACGGAGUACACCUUCAGAGUGUCCGGCAUGACGGUUAACGGAUCUGGCCCCGGCACGGAGUGGGCCGCAGCAGAGACCUUCGAGAGCGACCUGGACGAAACGCGGGUGCCGGACAUCCCCAGCUCCCUGCACGUGCGCCCCCUGGUCAACAGCAUCGUGGUGAGCUGGACGCCCCCGGAGAGCCAGGACAUCGUGGUGAGGGGCUACACCAUCGGCUACGGCAUCGGCAGCCCCCACGCCCAGACCAUCAAAGUGGACUACAAGCAGCGCUACUACAGCAUCGAGAACCUGGAUCCGAGCUCGCAUUACGUGAUCACGCUGAAGGCGUUCAACAACGUGGGGGAGGGGAUCCCUGUGUACGAGAGCGCCGUCACCAGGCCGCAGUCAGACCCCAUAGACCCUGAUGUUGAUUUGUACGCACUUUUCCAUGCUCCAUACACUCCAGUACCAGACCCCACCCCUAUGCUGCCGCCCGUUGGAGUUCAGGCCUCUGUUCUGAGCCACGACACCAUCAAGGUAACCUGGGCUGACAACUCGCUGCCCAAGAACCAGAAGAUCACCGACGCCCGCUUCUACACGGUGCGCUGGAAGACCAACAUCCCGGCCAACACCAAGUUCAAGACUGCCAACACCUCCAAUCUGAGCCACAUGGUGACGGGCCUGAAGCCCAACACGCUGUACGAGUUCUCCGUCAUGGUGACCAAAGGGAGGCGCACCAGCACCUGGAGCAUGACGGCCCAUGGGACCACCUUCGAAACGAUACCCAGCUCUUCUCCCAAAGAUGUAACAGUGGUGAGCAAGGAGGGACGGCCUCGCACCAUCAUUGUGAACUGGCAGCCUCCCUCUGAAGCCAACGGCAAAAUCACAGGGUACAUAAUCUACUACAGCACCGAUGUAAACGCAGAGGUCCAUGACUGGGUGAUCGAGCCAGUGGUGGGCAACAGAUUGACCCACCAGAUUCAGGAGCUGACCCUGGACACCACGUACUACUUCAAGAUCCAGGCCCGAAACUCCAAGGGCAUGGGUCCGAUGUCGGACGCCGUACACUUCCGCACUCCCAAAGCUGAAUCUUCUGACAAAAUGGCUAAUGACCAAGCCUCCGGUAUCCCGGUGAAGCCCGGUCGACCCCCUGCUUCGGACAACAGCUUCGGCCCCGCCGUCGGCAAGCCUGGGAUGACUGGCGGCAGCGAAAACCCCAUCCUGGUGAUCAUCAUCAUCAUCUCCGUGGGUGCCUUCACCAUCGUUGUGGUGGUGGUGGGGGCCUUCCUUUGCACACGGCGCACCACCUCCCACCAGAAAAAGAAACGUGCAGCUUGCAAGUCCACCAACGGCUCCCACAAGUACAAGGGCAACUCCAAGGAUCUGAAACCUCCUGAUCUGUGGAUCCACCACGAGCGGCUGGAGCUGAAGCCCAUCGACAAGUCGCCUGAGCCCAACCCGGUGAUGACGGACACGCCCAUCCCCCGCACCUCCCAGGACAUCACGCCCGUGGACGGGCCCAUGGACAACCCCAUCCACCAGAGACGCAACUCCUACCGUGGCCACGAGUCAGAGGACAGCAUGUCUACGCUGGCUGGGCGGCGGGGGAUGAGGCCCAAAAUGAUGAUGCCCUUUGACGCACAGCCCCCUCAGCCUGUGAUUAGUGCUCACCCCAUCCAUUCCCUCGAUAACCAUCACCACCAUUAUCACUCGGGCAGCCUGGCCUCGCCGACACGCGGCUACCUCCACCAUCAGCUCAACCCGCGGCCCCUCGCCACCCCCAUCUCCCACCUAGACAGGGCCGACUCCGAAGAGUCGGUGAGGAACACCCCCAACACGGACCCCCUGCCGGCCAGCGUGCAGCCCGCCAGCGCGGGCGACCGCCCGGAGCCCGAGGGCAACUUCCUCAGCUCCGCCCCCGAGGAGGAGCCCAGCUACAACCCCCCCACUGCGCACGUCCGGCCCACACACCCCCUCAAGAGCUUCGCCGUGCCCGCCAUCCCGGCCCACAACCCCACCUUCGAGUCUCCAGCCCUGCCCAGCACCCCUCUGCUCUCUCAGACUGUGUGUGCCGAUGUUUCAGGGCCCGCCUCCCAGCUGCACUCUGUGAAAACUGCCUCCAUUGGCACUCUGGGCAGGACCCGCACCCCCAUGCCCGUCACAGUGCCCAGCGCCCCGGAUGUGCCCGAGACCAGCAAGAUGCUGGAGGAUAUGGAGAGCAGCUACGAGACGGAUGAGUUAACAGAGGAGAUGGCCCACCUGGAGGGUCUUAUGAAGGACCUGAAUGCCAUCACCACAGCUUGAGCCCCAACCCAUUGGACCCCCCUCCCCCCAGCCAUGUGCCAGUGGGGGUGGGAAAAGAAAGGAAACAAAAUGGAUGAAAUAUCAAACCUUCAAGAAAAUAGGAAAACAAACUAAAACUCAUGGGUCACCUUGCUUACUCUCAGGAAGGAGACGGCCAUUUUAAAAGAGACAGCUCACAAUUUUACAAACCAACAACAGUGACUAUGACGUCGACAAAAGCAACUACAAUAACAAAGGUUACUUCAGCCAGAAGAUUGUGAUAUUUUCAGCAAAAAACAAAACAACUUUUUUUUGUUCGGUUGCCAUGGAGACCGUUCCAAAAGACGCCAUUUUGUAACUCUUAAGAUAAAGGAAAAAAUAAAGUAUGCCGGUAUUGGUGUUGGUGCUUUUUUCAGCACAGAACUACAGUGUUUGGACAUUGCAUUAGUGUCAUUUAUUUGUGCGUUUUCGUAUGCGUUGUUCCAUGUUCCAGUGAAGUGAACAUUGGAAGAGAGUUGUUUUAUUCCCUAAACUCUGCCAUUUUUUAUCUACAUUUUGAGUGAAUGAUGUUUGGUUACCCCCCACUGCUCUACCCCCGAGUGCCCCACCCUGUGUCAUAUAUUGUGCCAUGUCUUUAUUAUUGUCCAUUAUGUUUCUAUGUAUUAUUUUAUAUACAUAUUCAUAUAGAUAUGUAUAUAUGUUUAAAACUGCCUCAUUCUUUUUCUGUCAUUGCAAUGUUUUUGGAUGUAUGUGUGGAAAUCCCAUUUUCUUGCAGCUCUGUACUUCUCUAUUUAAGUAGGGGAGAAUCUGCAAGUUUUAUUGCAUUUGAAAGGAUUGAUACAUUGUGACCUUGUUUUUGCCCCCCUUUGUACAUCAAGAUUUUUAAGCCUUGUUUUUUUUGUGGGAGUUCCAUUUGAAAGACCACCCUGCAGAAUGUGUGCACGUGCCGACAUUGAUCUUAGCCUGGAUGACUGAAGGUGCUCAGCCUCCCUCAGGGCGUUUCUGUUGAGGGUAGUCCCCGUUCACCUGCUGUCCCUGAACCUGCCUGUGCAUGAUGUUGGCAGAGCUGUCAGCUGAUGGUGAAUGGGGUUUAGUGGCUUGUGCCAGCUUGGAGACCGUCGGUCCAGUUUGCUUCUGGUACUCUGAGGCCUCAAGGGUCUCCCAGAACCAGCGUUCCAGGCUGAGGUGUUCAGUCCCUGCCUCUUACACCCGCAUCAGUCAGACAGGAGGAGGUGCCGCUUGAGCUGAUGCACACAUACUGUACUGUCCCAGCUGGCCAGUGCCAGCGGUUGGGAAGGUAAGCGAGGAGAAGUUGGGAUUUUUUAGUGUGGGUGUGGCAGCUUUGGGCCCAGUUCUUCUGUCAGAAUGUACAGGUCACUUGGUUUCCUCUUCUCUCUAGUGCAGAGAGCAGAUUUCAACUGCAUUUUGCCACUUUGCCUGGCAAAAACUACAGAGGUGUCUUUUAAAUGUGACUCCCAAAUCAUAUUUUUUUUAAAACAUGUAGUUUGUUUUAUAUGAAGAACAGACGUAGCUCUGUAAACAAUUUCAAUGUAAAAAAGAAAAAAGGAAAAAAAAAAUUAAAAUAUGUUCAUGUUAAAAAAACUGAUUUUCCUCUGCCCUUUUACCCAAAGAAAGAUGUCGUUUGCAAUCAUAAUUAAUCACUCGACAACAACAUAAAAACAUUUCCUUGUUAUGUCCAUCCUCAUGAAUGUUAAUAUAACUGUAAAUUCUCCUCAUGAAUUCAAAAGAAAACUUGUUUGAAAAGAUGAGCAAAAAAAAAGGAAGAAAUUGACCCACUGGAGGAUAACAUGGUAGGCAGUCAAACAAACCUGUAUUGCACUUUUUCACAAUUUUCAGAAAUACAUUUCUUAUUAUGCUGUGUUUUGGAUAUAAAGCUCUGUUUUGUGUAACUGUAGUGUCAUAGGUUAGCAGUUGGCUGCUGGACUUGUUUGUUAUAAUUUGCUCAUUUUUUGUCUAUAAUGAAAUGGAGCUGCAGGUUUUAUUGUGUGGCAGGUGAGGAAUUCUAUUGUUGCCUCUUUCUGUACAAAGACCUUUUGCUUUAUGUAGAAUAUUAUGUGGCUUUUUUAAAAAAGAAAAAAAAAAGAAAAUUGAGAAAACCAAA